UAGGCCUAUAUUAGGGAUUUGUCGCCACGCAUCGCUUCGCUCGCGCCCGCUGUAGAAAGUCUAUAAGCUACUACUUCCCCUUUGAAAGUGAACCAGUUGAUCAGCUUGAAUCGUGCAGUGCAGAGGCUGACAGCUCACAUGUUAAAACCUCACGGUUUUCCGUGCUCAGUUUUGGAGACCCUUGAGUCAAGGUAUACACCGCUCGACGUAUACACCGAUGUCUGGACUGUCUCACAUCUUCAGUCUAAAGUGUUUGAUCCUGACUCUGAUUCUGAAUGUCAGGAACAGGGAUCCCCUGAACCAACCAAAACUAAAGUUCAGUUGCUGAUUGGAGAGUCUCUCGCAGCCAUGUCACAGGAACAGCCAGAGCCAAUGGAUACUGAUCAAUAUGACUUAUAUACAGCAGGCACAGAAGGUCAAGACUCUGUAACAACCAGUCUGGAUGACACAAAGCAUCAAAACGUCACAAUGGAUCAGCUAUACUUACAGCCAGAAGAGGACAUUUAUACAGCUGGAGAUGAAAGGCCACAACCUUCAGCACCACUGGAUAUUGCCAAAUUUAUAAUCAAAGUGGACUGGAGCGAACCAUUUCCAGACAGAUGGAGAGCAACAUUACAGAAAGCCCUUCAGAGCUGUUUGCUCAGACUGGAAGGAAAAGCAUCUGUCCUCAGCCUUAAACUCAUGGAUGAUCAGUCCUGUGCAGAGGUGCAGAUAACUCCAUCAACAGCUCUAGAAGCUUUAAAAAAGCUCAGGUCUAUACCUUUGAGGUUUAAACAUGAAAAUAAGGAAGUGACUGCAUGGAUUUGUCCAGAUGAAACACAGUGUGUGACUGUACCAUGCCAGACGUCCAUGCUGUACGAGAAUCUAAUUCCCUCAUCAAAGGUGAUCGGCUCUAUGCCUGUGACUGCAGCAUCAGAAGACACAAACAAUGUUGAGGAUGUUACUGCAUCUAAUAGAGCUCCAAAUGAAGCUGAGGCCACUAACACUGAUGAAAUGAGCCCUGAGACACCAGCUGGAUUCACCCUCCCUCUCUAUCAGUUCUGGUACAUGCAUCACGCUUACAGAAAGGAGUUAGAACAAUUUGAGAAACAGCAUGGAGUCUCUAUUUGUGCAGAAGUGUCCGUCUCAAUCAAACAUAUCCAGAGAUCAAGCCCUGAUUCUGUGUCUAAAACCACUGCAGACUUUCAGACACUUGUUCAGAGAUGUACAGAUAGCUUUAGUGAUGCUGCCAUUAAUCAUAAUCACAUAUAUUCAGACAUUGUGAAGGAGGCCCUUCAUGACAUCCAAUCAGAGGAGACAAAGAUGAUGUUCACCAUGUCUGCCAAUAACUGCCUGUUCUUUGGACCAAAGAAAUUUACAGAUGCGGUUAAGAGAGAGGCAACAAAACUGGAACAAAAAUCGAAGGACAAACUUCUGAAGAGUGUGUUUGAUGACAAGAAGAAGAAAUUGAGGCCUGAUUAUGGAUCAGGAGCAGUAGGAGGAUCAGUGCAGGAUGAGGGAGAAACUGGUUUCAAUAAAGAUUCAAAACACAGUUCUGGACAUGAGAGUAAAGAUGCUCAUGCUGAAGAGGAGACGUGUCCUGUUUGUAUGGACAGCUUCACCGACAAGAAAAAACUGAAAUGUGGACAUGAAUUCUGUCAGGAUUGUAUAAGAAUGUCAGAGAAGAGUCUGGGAUCCAUCUGUCCUGUGUGUAAGGAAGUGUAUGGGACAUUGGAGGGAAACCAACCGGAUGGAACAAUGAAUGUAACAAAGAGCAGAUCGAGUCUCCCUGGAUAUCCACUAUGUGACACUAUUGAAAUCAACUACAACAUUCCCAGUGGUGUUCAAACGAAGAAGCAUCCAAACCCGGGAAAGCCUUUUCAUGGGACACAUCAUCAAGCGUACUUGCCUGACAAUCCUGAAGGAAAUGAAGUGCUCACACUGCUGCAGAGAGCUUUUCAACAGAAACUGAUCUUUACUGUCAGGAAAUCUAUAACUACAGGUGCAGAGAAUGUGGUCACCUGGAAUGAUAUUCAUCAUAAGACUGAAAGAUAUGGUGGGCCUAAAUGUUCUGGUUAUCCAGACCCUGACUACUUGAAGAGAGUGAAAGAUGAGUUAAAGGCUAAAGGCAUUGAAACAGAGACAACAGGGCUGGACAGCCAAUUCAAAGACAAACUUCAGAAGAAUGUGUUUGAUGACAAGAUGAAGAAAUCCAGUGGAUACUCAAGAAGAAUAAAACAGAAUCAGACGCCUGAUUAUGGAUCAGGAGCAGUGGGAGGCUCAGUAUGGGAUGAGGGAGUGAAUUUUAGAAGACAAAGUGAAGCAGAAACUGGAUUCAAUGAAGAUUCAAAACACAGUUCUGGACAUGAGAGUAAAGAUGCUCAUGCUGAAGAGGAGACGUGUGCUAUUUGUAUGGACAGCUUCACCGACAAGAAAAAACUGAAAUGUGGACAUGAAUUCUGUCAGGAUUGUAUAAGAAUGUCAGAGAAGAGUCUGGGAUCCAUCUGUCCUGUGUGUAAGGAAGUGUAUGGGACAUUGGAGGGAAACCAACCGGAUGGAACAAUGAAUGUAACAAAGAGCAGAUCGACUCUCCCUGGAUAUCCACUAUGUGGCACUAUUGAAAUCACCUACAGCAUUCCUAGUGGUGUUCAAAGGGAGAAACAUCCAAACCCAGGAAUGUCUUUUCAUGGGACAAAUUGUCAAGCGUACUUGCCUGACAAUCCUGAAGGAAGAGAAGUGCUCACACUGCUGCACAGGGCUUUUCAACAGAAACUGAUCUUUACUGUCGGGAAAUCUAUAACUACAGGUGCAGAGAAUGUGGUCACCUGGAAUGGUAUUAAUCAUAAGACCAGCAGAUACGGUGGACCUCAAAGUUACGGCUAUCCAGACCCUGACUACUUGAAGAGCGUGAAAGAUGAGUUAAAGGCCAAAGGCAUUGAAACAGAGACAACAGGACUGGACAGCCAAUUCAAAGACAAACUUCAGAAGAAUGUGUUUGAUGACCAGAUGAAGAAAUCAACUGGUUACGCAAGAAGAAUCAAACAGAAUCAGACGCCUGAUUAUGGAUCAGGAGCAGUUGGAGGAUCAGUACGGGAUGAGGGAGUGAAUUUUAGAAGACAAAGUGAAGCAGAAACUGGAUUCAAUGAAGAUUCAAAACACAGUUCUGGACAUGAGAGUAAAGAUGCUCAUGCUGAAGAGGAGACGUGUGCUAUUUGUAUGGACAGCUUCACCGACAAGAAAAAACUGAAAUGUGGACAUGAAUUCUGUCAGGAUUGUAUAAGCGCAUCAGAGAAGAGUCUGGGAUCCAUCUGUCCUGUGUGUAAGGAAGUGUAUGGGAAAUUGGAGGGAAACCAACCGUAUGGAACAAUGAAUGUAACAAGAAGCAGAUCAAGUCUCCCCGGAUAUCCACAUUGUGGCACUAUUGAAAUCACCUACAGCAUUCCUAGUGGUGUUCAAACGGAGAAGCAUCCAAACCCAGGAAAGCCUUUUCAUGGGACAAAACGUCAAGCGUACUUGCCUGACAAUUAUGAAGGAAAUGAAGUGCUCACACUGCUGCAGAGAGCUUUUCAACAGAAACUGAUCUUUACUGUCGGGAAAUCUACAACUACAGGUGCAGAGAAUGUGGUCACCUGGAAUGAUAUUUUUCAUAAAACCAACAUAUACGGUGGGCCUGAAAGGUAUGGCUAUCCAGACCCUGGCUACCUGAAGAGAGUGAAAGAUGAGUUAAAGGCCAAAGGCAUUGAAUGAUUAUUUGACUUGUAUGUUCUGUAGAAAAUAAUGUAGAAAAAAAUACACAUCUAAGCCAGGUGCAAAUUUGCAAAUGACUUUAUAAAGAUGGCAGCAUCAUUAUUUUAUUUGUACACAGAGAUUGGGGGCUCUAUAAGUAAAAUCUGUUGACUUUAGCAAUCUUUGUUGCAUUACAUGCAAACAGUGACAGAAAGCACUUUUUGUGUUUUUAGCCUCAGGUUUGCAUGCUUUUAACUCAAGAAAUAUUAAAGAUAUCUUAAUAUGCUUUUAGAUUCUGGUUCUUAAAAAACUUUCCUUUUGAUAUCUGCAUAUAAAAGCAGAGGUGGACAGUAGUGAAGUAUUUUUACUUUACUCAAGUAAAUUUAAAAAGUAUCUGUACUUCAUCAGUGUUUUUCCCUGGAAAACUGUUACUUCACUACAUUUCAAAGCAUUAUGUUAUACUUUUUACUGCACUACAUUUCAGAAAUAAAAGUUGUUUUCUUUACCAUUAAUACUUAAGUACAUUAAACAUGUAUUUGCUUACUUUUACUGACUUACUUUUACUUGAGUAAAAGUAAGAAAGUACUAGAUUUCUAAUGUAAUUAAAUAUUCAAUAAAAUAUUAAUAUGAAACGUAGUGCAGUAAAAAGUACGACAUUAUGCGUUGGAAUGUUGUGAAGUAAAAGUUUUCCAAAGAAAAACACUCUGAUAAAGUACGGACACUUGAAAAAUGUACUUAAGCAGAGUAAAAAUACUUCACUACUCUGAAUAAAAGGCAUUCUCUUUUUCAAUAACCGGUACUUUGGGUGUCAUCAUGUCACCAUACUGUUGGGUUCAUCAUAUUUAUUUUCAUAUAAAGCAACAGAAUUUAAAUUAAAUCCACUUUAUAGCCACAAACAUGAACGUGAAUCUCGUGAAUUAUUUUGCAAAGCAGUUGGUUUAGUUGCUUCAAAGCUUCGAAAAGCUUAAUUUUUCACUUCGGACCCAAUUAAAAGUUUGAAAUUUUGAAACAUUUUGAUUUUGAAGCCUAGUAAAAGUAAAAGUAAAUAAGUAAAAGGCAAUAAGUAAAAGCCUUUUUGCUAUCAUAUAUUCUUAUCAGUUUUUUGAGUUAUAGCUUUCAACAUGUUUUCUAUAUGUUCUAAAUUAGCCAUAGUUAAUUUUCAUAUAGGCAGCACUGAUGUUUAAAUAUGUUUACCAAAGCUGUGGUCAAACUCAGCUGCCUGCAACUAGCCAAUACUACAAAACAAUGGUAGUUAUGCAAUUAGUACUGGUUUUUAAAAAAAAAACUUAAUUGAGCCAAUAAUCAAUAAAAGUGUAAAUGACA